AUCAUAAUUCAUUGCCUUUUAUCGUCUCCAAUGGAGGACGCUAAGCAAUCGCUUCUUUCCCCUCAUCAGCCAGUUGGCGAGGGAAGCCGCGCCCAGGAGAAUCGCUCCAUCUCGUCCAACAUCUUCACCGCCACCAACGAAGACAUCCCACCUAUCGACGGCGUCCGUGACUUCUUCAGAGAGUACCUGACUGAGUCCAAGAAGCUCUGGUCCCUUGCUGCCCCCGCCAUCUUCACCAUCAUCUGCCAAUACUCCUUCGGAUCCAUCACUCAAGUCUUUGCCGGACAUGUUGGCACUCUGACUCUCGCCGCCGUCUCCGUCCAGAAUACCGUCAUCGCCGGUUUCUCCUUUGGCAUCAUGCUUGGCAUGGGAAGUGCAGUGGAAACUCUAUGCGGCCAAGCAUUUGGAGCGGGGCAGCUUGAUAUGCUAGGGGUAUACAUGCAAAGAUCAUGGAUCAUCCUCAACUCAACCGCUUUGCUCCUAAGCUUGUUAUACAUAUUCGCGGCUCCGAUUUUGAGGCUAAUAGGCCAAACGGAAAGCAUAUCGAAGGCCGCCGGAAUCUUCUCGAUAUGGAUGAUACCGGAACUGUUUGCUUAUGCGUUUAACUUUACGAUGGCGAAGUUCUUACAGGCGCAGAGCAAGAUGGUGGCGAUGGCAGUGAUAUCUGGUGUGGCGUUGGUUGUGCACGUUGUAUUGAGUUGGGUCUUGAUGCUGAAGCUGGGAUGGGGGCUGGUGGGUGCAGCCAUUGUUUUGAAUAUGUCGUGGAUUUUCAUAGACGUGGGUCAGUUCUUGUACAUAAUUAGCGGCACUUGUGGUCGGGCUUGGACCGGGUUCUCCUGGAAGGCGUUUCAGCAUUUAUGGGGAUUUGUUAGAUUGUCUUUAGCUUCAGCAGUAAUGAUAUGUUUGGAGGUAUGGUAUUUUAUGGCAUUGAUUUUGUUCGCUGGAUACCUAGAGGAUGCUGAAGUAUCUGUGGGUGCAUUGGCUAUUUGCAUGAACAUACUGGGAUGGACGGUCAUGGCAUCUUUCGGGAUGAAUGCAGCUAUAAGUGUGAGGGUUUCAAAUGAACUGGGAGCAGGGCAUCCAAGAACAGCUAAAUUUUCAGUGGUGGUGGCCACAACAUCUUCAUUUAUGAUCGGUGUCAUAAUCUCCCUUAUUCUCAUCAUCUUUAGAAAUGAUUAUCCAUCUUUCUUUUCCAAUGACCCGCAAGUUCAUCAUCGCAUUAUAGACCUCACCCCACUCUUGGUCCUUUGUAUCAUCGUUAACAAUAUUCAACCCGUCCUAUCAGGAAUGGCCAUUGGAGCUGGGUGGCAAGCUGUUGUUGCCUACGUAAAUAUUGCAUGCUACUAUGUCUUUGGAGUUCCUUUGGGUCUCAUAUUAGGUUUCGUACUUCAAAUGGGUGUUAAGGGAAUUUGGUGUGGGAUGUUAUUAGGGACAAUCGCGCAAACUUUUGUACUAAUUGGAAUGAUUUACAAAACCAAUUGGAGCAAAGAGGCUUUGAUGGCAGGGGAGAGGAUAAAACAAUGGGGAGUUGACAUUGACAAUCAAGAAGGGGAAUCUGUUACAAAAUAAUAAUAAUAAUAAUAAUAAUAAUAA